AUGGUUGAUAUACUUGACGACAAGUCUCAGCUUUGCAUUCAUUUUCUCCUGGAGCAAUUAUGUAUACACGAGCAGAAAUAUGCGGCAGACUCGAGUCCUCCGCCUUUUUUUGUCGGACUCAAUGGUGUCCAGGGUGCGGGGAAGACAGUGCUGGUCUCCAUCCUCCGCUCAACUCUGUCCUCUCCGCCUUGCAAUCUCCCUACGAUAGCCUUCUCCCUGGACGAUAUCUAUCUUAGCCAUACUGACCAACAACGCCUGGCGGCGUUGCACCCCUCAAAUCCACUUCUCCAACACCGCGGACAACCAUCCACCCACGACAUUCCGCUUGGCUGCCAGAUCUUCGAUUCCCUCCGCCAGGGCCUACCCACCAAGAUACCUGCGUAUGAUAAAUCAGCAUAUAGUGGCCAGGGUGACCGUCUGCCCGAAAGCGAAUGGGAAGUUGUCAAUGACGUGUCGGCCGGCCAAGAACGGGUGAAGGUGGUGAUUUUCGAAGGCUGGUGUGUGGGGUUUCGAGCUCUACCGGAAGCGGAAUUACGCAGGGUUUGGGAAGAUGCAGUUCAAUUGUGUGUGAGGGACCCGGUGGGGUAUAAGGGAAGGUUAGGAUAUGUGAAGUUCGAAGAUGUGAAAAUGAUUAACGACGCUUUGAGGGCGUAUGAUGCAUUUACCGAUGAUGCAGAGGACACCCAUUUAGUCUACGAUUGGCGCCAGGAGCAAGAGCGCACCCUGCUCUCCACCAAGGGCGCUGGUAUGAGAGUCGAACAGGUCAAUAAAUUCGUGGAUGGCUACUAUCCCUCGUACGAACUUUUCGUCCCAAAUCUUCGCAAAGGCGUUUUUGCAGCCAAGCAAGAAUCCGCGCAACGGCCUGGUUCGACUACUGAUGACAGCUCAUGGGAGGGCAAGCAGCUACGUCUAAUUAAUAUGAAGGUUUUGAUGUUUGGGUUUUUGGAGGGCUGGUACAGUGCAUGGUUCAGGAAAUGGAUGCAACGACACACCGACGAGAGGCACAGCGAGGAACGGGAGAAAAAAGGAAAGAAGGAAAGAAAAAAGAAAGAAAAUGAAUGGUCGAACAUGCAAAAGAAUAAAGAUGAAAGAAAUAAAAUUGAGUACAACCAAAUCAGAAAAGAAAAAUUCAGGUUCAGCUCCAACCCUGAUUCGAACAAGGGACAUUGCGAUCUGCAAUCGCACGCUCUAACCGCUGAGCUAUUGGAGCAGUUCCUCGCGUAG